AUGUACACGAUAACGACGAUAGUGCUGGUGGCGCAGACGGUGUACUACGAGGUGUUGGUUCCGCACAAGGAGGUGGCGGAGGAGGAGGACGAGGAGGGCGACAGUGUGGCAGUGCAGGAUAGCAUCACUGCCAGCAGCACUGUGCAGACUCCCCUACUGCAAGGGCAGCAGCAGCAGCAGCAGCAGCAGCAGGCGUCGUCAGGGCCGGUGGGGGUGCCCCAGGGCGUGCCCAUCCCCGUUGGUCCGCGCUCCGAGAUCCUCUCUGUGCCGCUCAGCCGCAAGUCCUCCCACCGUGACAUCCACAUUCACUCUGCGCGGUCGCUAGUGAGCUGUCACACGCCCACCAUGGGUUCAUUCGUGCCGGGGUCACACGGGCACCACCCACACGGCUCACACGGGGGGCAUCACCCGCACUCGCUGCACGCCCGCCACGCACAGCACCACGUGGGGUCGCUGCUCAGCCAGUCGCCCGGCCAAGGCGUGCCGCACAUCUCCCUGCGCAAUAACAGCCCCGUCACUCGCGCUGUGGCAUUCGGCAUGCUGCUGGUUGGUUGUCUGCGCAUCGGCACCCUCUCCCACUCCCUCUUCUCUGCUUCUUCCACCCCCAACCACCUCGGCCCCAUCCCCUACCACUCAGACCCCGCCGUCACCUCCUCCUCCACGUCCCCGCUCUCGUCUCUCUUCCCCUCACUCUCCGCUUCUUCCUCCGCUGAUCCUGGCCUUGAAUCCUACCGUCUGCCAGCCCAAGUCUUCCCCAUGCGCCGCCGACUGUUGCAGGCAAGCACACGCGGAUUGUUUUCUCAACACCUGCUGACUGAUGGUGAUGAUGAGGAGCCGAGUGCACUGGGGGAGCUGCUAGGGUGGCUCAUGGCGGCCAUCUACAUGGGCGGGCGCAUUCCGCAGAUCUACCUCAAUAUUCAGCGCGGCACGGUGGAGGGGCUCAGCCCACUCAUGUUCCUCUUCGCCCUUGUUGGCAACGCCACCUACGUUGGCAGCAUAGUAGCGCGCAGCAUGGAAUGGCGUCAUAUCAAGCCCAACUUGCCGUGGCUCGUUGAUGCUGCUGUCUGUGUGCUGCUCGACCUCUUUAUCCUCUGCCAAUUCGCCUACUACAGCUACAAGAAUUCAAAAGAAGAGAGCACAGACGACGACUACGAGGAGGUCAAAUAG